AUGGAGGGCCGGGAGGACGGCGGAGGGAGCCCUGCAGCGCGAGUCCACGAGCGCCCGUCGGCACCGGAAGCCAGGGUGCACUUUCGCGUGGCGAUGUUCAUUAUGGAGGUAGGUGUCAAGCUAGGGAUGCGGUCCAUUCCCAUUGCCACUGCUUGCACCAUUUACCGUAAGUUCUUCUGCGAGACCAACCUGGACGCCUAUGACCCUUACCUGAUUGCCUUGUCUUCCAUUUACUUGGCGGGCAAAGUGGAAGAGCAGCACCUGCGGGCUCGUGACAUCAUCAAUGUGUCCAACAGGUACUUCAACCCAAGCAGUGGGCCCCUGGAAUUGGACUCCCGCUUCUGGGAGCUCCAGGACAGCAUUGUGCAGUGUGAGCUUCUCAUGCUGAGAGUUCUGCGCUUCCAGGUCUCCUUCCAGCAUCCACACAAGUACCUGCUCCACUACUUGGUUUCCCUCAAGAACUGGCUGAACCGCAACGGCUGGCAGCGGACCCCAGUUGCCGUCACUGCCUGGGCCCUGCUGUGGGACAGCUACCACGGGGGACUGUGCCUCCGCUUCCAGGCCCAGCACAUCGCCGUGGCGGUGCUCUCCCUGGCCCUGCAGGUCUACGGAGUCGAGGUGCCCGCCAAGGUCGAGGCUGAGAGGCCGUGGUGGCAGAUUUAUACCAUAGACACAGAGAUCCCCUAA